GAUCUGGAGUUUCAUGGAGUAAUGAGAUUCUACUUCCAAGACAAAGCAGCUGGAAAUUUUGCAACGAAGUGUAUCCGUGUCUCUAGUACUGCUACAACUCAAGAUGUGAUAGAAACUCUUGCAGAGAAGUUUCGGCCAGACAUGCGAAUGUUGUCAUCCCCUAAAUACUCACUUUAUGAGGUGCAUGUCAGCGGAGAAGAAAGAAGAUUAGAUAUAGAUGAGAAGCCUCUUGUUGUACAGUUAAACUGGAACAAAGACGAUCGGGAGGGAAGGUUUGUUCUGAAGAAUGAAAAUGAUACAAUUCCUCCAAAGAAGGCUCAGAGUAAUGGCCCUGAAAAACAAGAAAAAGAGGGAGUCAUUCAGAAUUUCAAACGAACUCUCUCAAAAAAAGAAAAAAAAGAAAAGAAGAGGCGUGAAAAAGAGGCACUGCGACAAGCAUCGGAUAAGGAGGACAGACUCCUUCAUGGGGAUGAUAUCGAGAAUUCUCGCCUUGCAGCUGAGGUUUACAAAGAUAUGCCUGAGACCAGCUUCACUCGCACAAUAUCCAACCCUGAGGUGGUUAUGAAGCGCCGGCGACAGCAGAAGCUGGAGAAGAGGAUGCAGGAAUUUCGCAGUUCUGAUGGCAGACCAGACUCAG